UAACUCGGACACCUCAGGAGGCUUCGGCUCGAAUCAGACAUGGCAGCGCAGAUGGCGGUAAAUUCAGGAGCCAGUCUGUGGGGCCCUCUGAAAGAGUUAUGGGAAACCGUGGAAGGAGCCGUGUGGAGGAGACAGUCUGAAAGCGUCCAUCUUCUGGAUGUGCAGUUAAAGAAACAUAAGCCCUUAUUUCUGUCCCUUUUCAAAAACCCACCAAAGAGUGCAGAGCAGAGAGAUAAAGUGAGGAAAGCCAGCACAGAGGGGAUUGCUAUUCAAGGUCAACAAGGUGCACGACUUCUCCCUGAGCAGCUUCUCACAGAGGCCUUUAUCCUGAGUGACCUUUUCGACCUGGGAGAGCUUGCUGCAUUAGAGCUUCUCCUUGCUGGAGAGCACCAGCAGCCUCAUUUUCCUGGACUGACGAGGGGCCUGGUGGCUGUUCUUCUGUACUGGGAUGGAAAACGCUGCAUGGCCAACUCUCUCCGAUCACUCAUCCAGUCACGUCAUGGCAAGACGUUCACUCUUGAGCUUAGUUCGGAUUUGGUCAAUCUUACCACACGCUUCACAGAUGAGCUAAUGAACCAGGGCUUGACUAAGCAAAUUCUAAACCUGGUGUCGGAAAUCAGCCCGACACGGGAGUUUGAGAAGCUGCAGAAAGAGCGUGGUCUUGGCAAUGAGAAACACAGGAAAGAGGUGUCUGAUCUCAUCAAGGAGUGCCGGCAAUCUCUGGCUGAGUGUCUGUUUGCGUGGACAUGCCAGUCGUCCCUUAGUAAGGACAACACAGUCGCUCUUAUCAGCCAUCUAGAGACAGUGACUGCGGAAGCUGACGGCUCCCUGGACAGCGUGAACCUCGCGUUGGUCAUGGCAUUGCUCUACUGCUUCGACGUCAGUUUUCUGGAGCAAGGCACGGAAGACAGAGAUGACUUGCUCCAGGCCCUCCCACUUGUGACAGACAAGCAUUAUGUGUUUGCGGUGCACAAUCGGGUGGUGGAGGACGGGACAUGGAAGCUGCCGGGGUUACAUGCGCUGGUGAGGUUGGCGUGGGCACUUUCACUCCGAGCGCUCUCACAGCUCCCUCAGGGUGCAGCACUUGUAGAGUUCACCGAGGCAGAUGAGGCACUGGCUGAUCAGGCAGUUUUGGGAGGAGUCUUCCUCUUUCUGACGGAGGGCGUCCUGGCAAGUGAAGCUUUCUGCCAGGAGGAGUUCUACACUCGGCGACUUCAUGCACUUAUCACUGACUUCCUAGCGCUCAUGCCCAUGAAGGUGAAGCAGUUGCGUAACCGUGCUGAUGAAGAUGCUCGACUGAUCCACAUGGCAAUGCAGAUGGGCAGCGAGCCUCCGUCGUCUCUACGGAAAGACCUGGAGCACCUCAUGAUCCUGAUUGGUGAGUUCUACAGUAAGGAGUCAUUUGGGUUGGAGCUUGGUGUGGAGUUCUGGUGUCCAUCAGAGUCCCUGCAGCACACGUCAAUUGCAGGAUCGUUUCUGGGAAUGGCCACACAGAGGCCUCCUCACAAACAGGUGGUUCUCUCCAAGUUCGUACGUCAGAUGGGGGACCUGCUGCCUCCCACUCUGUAUAUCCCCUACCUGCGGAUGUUGAGGGGGCUUGCCAGCGGGCCUCAGUGUUCCCACUACUGCUUCAGCCUGCUCAAGUCCAACGGCCCACCACACGGAGAGAAACUGCAGAGUGGUGUGUCAGGAUGCCCAGUCUCGUGGGAGCACCUGUUCCAUUCGCUCAUGCUAUAUCAUGAGAACCUGAGACGAGACGUUCCCAGUGCAGAUUUCACCCAGUAUCGCCAUCCACCUAUCAGAGGCAUCACUCAGAGGGAGCUGGACGGCCUGACUGCUUUCCUCCAACUGCUCACCACUAUUAUUACUUGGUGUGAGAAUGCGCGUCUAGCUCUGUGUGAGCACCCCCAGUGGACUCCCGUGGUGGUAAUGCUGGGAUUACUUCAGUGCAGCGUGCAGCCAGCGCUAAAAGCCCAGCUCCUGCACGCACUCGCUGCCUUCGCCAAGUCUCCAGAAAUUGCUGCCUCCCUCUGGCAGUCUCUGGAGUACACACAGAUCCUCCAGACAGUUAAAGCUCCUGGACAAAGACAAGCUGCUGGCAUAGAGAUGGAGUUGAAUGAAAUUGAGUCAAGUUGUGAGGAGUACCCUCUGACCCGGGCCUUUUGUCAUUUGAUCAGCACUUUGGUGGAGAGUGCACUUCCUGUUAACCUUGGAGCGGGGCUGCGUGCACCGGGAUUCCAGCCCUACCUCACCUUUUUGAGGGACUCGGUUUUCCUCCCUUUUCCAACACGAGCUUAUCGUCGCCCAGCCGAGAAGUGGGAGGUAGCAGAGGCUGUAUUGGAGGUGUUUCACAAGCUCCUACGGGACUACGAACCUCAGCCAGCUGACUUCCUGCAGGAGACGGUGGAGCUGCAGGGAGAGCAGGUUCCAGCCAAUAAGCCUCCAGGAUACGACAUUAUGUUCCACCUGCUGAAUGACUCUCCUGCCUUAUCCCUCUGCCUCAGCCUCCUGGAAGAGGGAGUUCGUCAGCUCGAUACCUACGCCCCCUUUCCCGGGAAGAAGCAGUUGGAGUCAGCAGUGCUGCACUGUUUGAGUCUGCUGGAUCUGGCACUGCAGAAGGAGGUGCUGUUCAUGGAUCUGCUUAGAGAGAGCCAGGCCUCAAUUCUGGUUUCUCCACUAGAGCAGUUAUUGCAGGGGGUCAAUGCUCAAAGCAGACGCGCUGACCACAUCAUUAACAUCGCCAGGUAUCUGUACCACAGCAGCUCCAACCCUGAUGCUGCAUUCCUAAGCGCUAAGAUCCUGAGACAUAUUGCACGUUACGCCAACAUCCAGGCCAGACUGGUUGGAGACUUCACCCAUGACCAUGCAAUAAGUGAGAAACUGAUGGCUGGAUUUGUGGAGUGCCUGGACAAUGAUGAGGCGCAGGAAGGUGUGGAAAAGACAGAUGACUCCGAUCCUGAGAAGCGUGUGGCCAGAAUCCGCCAUGAGACUCAGAUCCACAUCCUGAACUUGCUGAUUACGUCUCUGGAGCUAAACGGUCCCAACUUGGGCCUUUAUCUGUUAGGAUACGAGGUCAAGAAACCCGUCUCGUCAACUAACUUACAAGACCCAGGAGUUCUUGGUUGUCCACGUAGUUGCCUGCAUGCAAUACUGAGUUUGUUGCAGCGAGGCAGUGAGAGACGUUCUGGACCUGUACUUACCCAGCAAGCCCCACACUUGGCAGAACUCUGCUAUCAGGUCAUUUACCAGCUGUGUGCAUGCGCAGACACCUCUGGGCCGACUAUGCGCUACCUGAGGACCAGUCAGGAUUUCCUGUACUCUCACCUGAAGCACUUGCCCUUCGCCAUAGCAGGGAACGAGAUUGCCGCGCUCAACCAGAUGUCCUGGCUGAUGAAGACUGCGGCUAUAGAGCUCAGAGUGACCUCACUGAACCGUCAGCGCUCACACACUCAAAGGCUGCUCAAUCUUCUCUUAGACGACCAGCCACACAUGCAGCAUGCAGAUGGAGAGAUAGGUAUGGAGGAUGAAGGCAGAUCUGUUAGUGGCUUCCUGCAUUUUGACACCGUCUCUAAAGUGCGCAGGAAGCUGCUGAGUGUUUUGGAUGCUAUAAACUUCAGUCAGGAGGCGCCUGAGCAGCUGCAGCUGGACUUUUUUGAGCGCACACAGAUCGAGCAGGUCAUCUCCAACUGUGAACACGUCAACGAGCAAGGACAGACCGGCUGCAACGUCAAGCUGCUGCAUAGAGUCUUGGUUGCAGAAAUCAACGCUCUGCAGGGGAUGGCUGCUAUCGGGCAACGGCCUCUGCUGAUGGAAGAAGUGAACUCCAUCCUGCAGCAGGUGGUGGAGAGAAACCGUGUGCGACGCAGCCUAAGCGCCAAACGCCAUGCUCUGCAGAGCUGGAGGAGUCUCGUCGAGACCAUCCUCACUGCGUGUCCUGCUGAACUCAUCCCAGCUGAUCAGAGACAGCUCAUCAUCAGAGACCUGCUCCUCGACUUGCACGACAAAGUUUUAUCAGAUGACGCUGCUGUCGAAUUGAUGCCAAUCGUUGCUGGGGCAGUGUUCACCUUGACGGCUCACCUCAGCCAAUCAGUGCUAUCCGAGCAGCAGCAAGGGGCCGGACAGGAGGGUGGAUCUUCAUCAGGCUUUGCCUCUAUUGCUAACUCUGCCCUUCACCUUAUUCUGAGAAAGCUGCUGGACUUUAUCCUAUGUACCGGUGGAGGAUUCCAGCGUCUGCGCGCUCACCUGUAUGGCUCGCUUUUGUAUUACCUGCAAAUCGCGCAGAAACCUGACGAGCCAGACACACUGCAAACAGGAGUGUCGAUGUGGGAGCGUCUAACUGCGCCCGAGGACGGGUUUUCUAAGCUGCAGAGGGAGAACCUAGCCAUCAUAGAGAGCUACGGCACCGCCCUGAUGGAGGUGGUGUGCAGAGAUGCCUGUGAUGGACACGAAAUAGGCAGGAUGUUGGCUCUGGCAGUGCUGGACAGGGUGUUGUCUAUAGACAGACAGAGUCAAUGGCUGGUCUACCUCUGUAACAGCGGCUACCUGCGUGUCCUGGUGGAGAGCCUGAAGCAGGACGACGUUGCACUACAAACACUGCUGACACCCCAACCACCUCUCCUUAAACCUUUAUAUAUCUACGAAUCCAAGAUGGCGCUGCUGACCCGCGUGGCUAAGACGGCACAGGGAGCUGUGGAGCUGCUGUGCUGCGGCCUGGUGGCUCAGCUGGUCGAGUGCCAGGUGUUCCACAUGCUGCCUGAGAACGAUUCAUUCAGAGUUUUUGGACAGAGAGACCCAUCAGGGUUCAUUCCUAGUCCUCUCUCGAGAUACAGGCAGAUCCUGCUUCCUACACUCCGGCUUCUCCAAGUCAUCCUCACCUCUACUACUACACAUCACCAGCAGGGGGCAACGCAGGUGCUUCAGUGGCUGAUUGUGUACUCGGACACCAUUCAGUCAAUUAUGCAUAGUCAUGAUGUGAGCAUGGGGUCGUUAAAGGAGCUGUCUCUGCUCACGGGCAUCAUCAGUAAAACUGCCCUCCCAGGGGCCCUGGAUCUGGGGCAGGAGGUCAACAGUGCAGCCAUGCUGGAGUUCCAGGGACACAUCGGGAGAUUCCAGCGCCAGUGCUUGUCCCUGCUUGUGCGUCUGGCUGGCACUGACCGUGCCCGCUACCUGAAGCAGAUGGAGGAGAGCGUUGCCCCUGGUGACCCUGCGGACAAAAGAGAGGAGAUGGAACUUGCCAUGCAGCAGAUCUGUGCUAACAUAAUGGAGUACUGCCAGACCCUGCUCCUGCAAAGCUCAGCUGAGGCUCAGUUUACAGUCUGCCUGUUUAGCCCUUCAGCCAGCGAGCCAACAGGUCAGCUGUCUGUCCCGACUAUCAUACACCCAUGUGUCUGCUUUUGGCAUCUUCCACUAAACCUUGAUCCUUUUUGUUGCUUAGAUGUGGCAGUGCCAUCUGUGUCUCGGGUGCCCAGCCUGGGUCUCGUCCUGCUCCUUCUGAAGAACAGCACCACAGACUUCUUUAGAUACCACGACAGCCACAGACAGAGCCUAAGCAAGCUAGAGAGGCUCGAGCAGCUUGCUCCAGAAGAGCUUAAAGAGCUGUGCCAGGGUCUGGUGUCAGGAUCAAGUGGGGUGGAGAAGAUCCCGUCAGUGCAACGAAGCGUGCUGGCCAAACGGCGUCUCGUUCAGCUCGUCAAUAAUCGCGCCAAGCUUCUGGCGCUCUGCUCCUACAUCAUUGAGACUUGCCUGUUUGUGAUCUGGCGCCACCUGGAGUACUACCUCCUCUACUGCAUACCCAGUGACCCCAAACACUCUCUUCUCCCAGGAUACAGAGACGGUGGUGCUGCAGGUCUGGGUCUGUCCAGGGUCAGCCAGCAGGAUCUGGAGCAGUUGCAGAGCGACGUGGCGGGCAGCUUCACCGAGCACCUACAGAGGAAGCUGCUGGAGGUUGAAGGGCUCUACAGCAAAAGCCACUCUCGCCACACCUUCAUCCAGGCGCUGACACGCCGGAUCCGCGGCCUGGUGCGCCACGCCAAGAGCUAGACACACCCUGCGUGGGCGGUUUCAGUAGUGUGUGUGUGUAACACUGCAAGAACUAAACACAGUAGCUCUCAGAGAAAGAGCAAAACAAACAUAACACACGUGUGUUGUAAUUUAAAUCUAUCUUGUAAUGUUACUGCUUUGUUGAUGAAAUUCUCUCCCUGCAUUUUCUAUGUUUUUGAUCAUGUCUUUGGCUAUUACUGUUUUCUAAGGAAGUUAAUAAACUGAGUAAAUAACCAAGCCUCUGGU